AUGAAUUGCCCCUCGCGUACCGACGACACUCUUCAGCAUCCGGGCUGGAACCAGAGCCCGCCACCCUUCAGUCCGGACAUCACCACUCGCAACGACUUCAAUGGUAUCGCCAAUUCUCGUGUGCACCGCAAGAAUGCCACCGGUACUGGCACUGCAAUAGGAGACGACACAUUAUCCAUAGUCACGCAACCGCUCAGUCGGCAGGACUCUGAUCCCGGAACGGAAAAAGUCCCGGACGGCGAGGUGACCGCAGCCUCGGGGUGCAAAUCACCCACGAGAGCCAGCGGAUCACCUCGCCGUCCUUUCAAAGAUUAUAUUUCUUCUAAUGCCCUCCACUGUGCUCGCAGUCUGGUCAAAUUUGGUCGUUUCAUCGGACCUGGUUUCCUUAUUGCUGUUGCCUAUAUCGAUCCGGGCAACUACUCCACCGACGUUGCUGCCGGUGCAUCGUACAAAUAUGCAUUGCUGUUCAUUGUGCUUCUAUCCAACCUUUUUGCUAUCCUGUUGCAGUCGCUCUGCAUCAAGCUUGGUUCCGUGACUGGUCUUAACCUGGCGGAGAACUGUCGUGAACAUCUCCCUCGGUGGUUGGUCUACAUCCUCUAUGGCCUUUCUGAAGCGGCUAUUGUUGCUACUGACAUUGCAGAGGUGGUUGGUUCAGCAAUUGCAUUGAAUCUACUCUUAAAAAUCCCCCUCGUGGCGGGUUGCGCUAUCACCUUGGUGGAUGUCUUCUUCCUGCUCAUCUUCUGGCGCCCCAAUGGCUCCAUGUGGGGACUGCGUUUAUUCGAGUUUUUCGUCAUGGGACUGGUCCUGGCGGUCGUUAUUUGCUUCUGCAUCCAGCUUUCUCUCAUCGAGGACCAAUCCAUCGGAGAGGUUUUCCGUGGCUACCUUCCCUCAUCUGCCAUCGUCCAAUCCGAAGGUCUUUACCAGAGUUGUGGUAUCCUCGGAGCAACUGUCAUGCCCCACUCCCUUUUCUUGGGUAGCGGCGUAGUGCAGUCUCGCCUGAAAGAAUUUGAUGUCACUGCUGGGUAUGUGGAUUCUACAGUACCACUGGGAAGUAACGGUGGUGAAGUGGAGUACCGACCAACCAUCCACGCUAUUCGAGGUUGCAUGAAGUACUCGAUAAUUGAGCUGUCGUUGUCUCUCUUCACCUUCGCUCUCUUCGUCAAUAGCGCUAUCCUCAUUGUGGCUGGUGCAUCCCUCUAUGAUGUGCCCGGCGGUGCUUCCGCCGACCUCUUCGGUAUUCACAAACUUCUUUCUUCAUCUAUUUCCCCAGCUGCUGGUCUUAUCUUCGCUUUGGCGCUGCUACUGUCUGGUAUCUCUGCUGGAAUUGUGUGCACCAUGGCUGGACAGAUGGUGAGCGAGGGAAUGCUCAACUGGAGUAUUCGACCAUGGCUUCGUAGGGUCAUCACUCGCUCUAUCAGUAUCAUCCCCAGUAUCAUCAUCGCAGCCGCCGUUGGCAAGGACGGACUGGACAAGACCUUGAACGCCAGCCAAGUUGUUCUUAGUGUCAUCUUACCAUUUGUAUCCGCGCCCCUCAUCUGGUUCACAUGCUUUAAUCGCUACAUGAGUGUCCCCGCCGAGCAAUCCAGUGGUGUCGAUGGCGAGACUGAGGUUGUGCAAGUCUCGAUGCGGAAUAGUCUAUUCACUUCCAUCAUUGCUGUGCUGGUCUGGCUGCUUAUUGUCAUCAUGAAUGUCGCCCUACUUGUUUUGAUCGGAAUGGGCAAAGCAUGA